UCUGGUGAGAAACAUCGAAAGAACCAAUGAUAACAUUACAUCAAUUAUGGUUGUAAUAACUUGAACAGAGUUUUACAUCGAUUUACAAUGUAUAUUAACACCUUACCAAAGGCGAGCAAAACCAGACAGGAGUGCAAAUUUGCACAACCUUGGCAUCCAUUCUUGGGGACUCGUGAUCUAAGCAGAAAUUAUCUAUGAUUGUAAACAUUGCCCUCCUAAUUGUAUUUCUCACCAACUUGUAUUGCUCAGCCCAAAACGUUGUUUCAGGUAGAAUUGGUGCAACAUGUACACAAUUUGAUCAUCAACAUGCAAUUCAGAUCUAGUACACUAUAUUAUAUCCACAUGCCAUUUGCUUGGUUUGCAAGUUAGGCCAGUUUAUAUGCUACCUUCUGCCCGAUGGGUUCCUUAAUCAAUUAAUAAUCCAGCAGCUUGGUUUGGGCUGGAUUGGGCUUACCCCGGAUUAAUCCAAGCCCGGUCCAUAGCACUAUUGUCAUAGUUUAAUAUUUAGUUAUGUACCUUCAAUCCUUUAUCAACUCAAAGUCAAAGCUUGCAGCAUACACCAGGACCUCUUCUCCACUGUCAAAGCUUGCUAUGCACACCCCACAAUGUAUUAACCAUAAAUUGAGCUUGAGUUUGAGGCUUCUCAUAACAGAAAGGUUUCAAGGAUGAUUUCUUGUAAGCUCCACCGGACUGGUGAUCAGAAUUCCAGCAGCACUGGAGCACAGCACUCAUCAGCCGUAAUCACAAACAGCAACGACCUCUUGUCUGAGAUACUCCUGCGCCUCCCAGUAAAAUCCCUUGUUAGAUUCAAGUCUGUGUCCAAGCAAUGGCUCUCUCAAAUAUCCAAUCCACGGUUCACUCACAACCACUGCCUCCGGAAUCCAAGUUCUGUCUCUGGAUUGUUCUUGAGAAUAUCCUUAAUAUCCUUACCACCAGAAAAACCAAAUUUUGAUUUCAUUUCCCUUGAUGGGAAACCGACUAUGGCCCCAUUCAAGUCUCUCAUGUUUUCUGACGACCAUGAAGCUAUUGAUCUCAAGCAAUCUUGCAAUGGUCUCCUUUGUUGCAGAAGCUUCAGACGGAACAGAGGUAAGCACAAUUAUUACAUCUAUAACCCUGUGACCAAGCAAUACACCACGCUUCCCCAACCCAAGGGCAUUAGUGUGUUUUGCAUACACUUGGCUUUUGAUCCACAGAAAUCACCUCACUACAAAGCUGUCUGCGUUUCUAAAUCUGAUACAAACAGUGAGAGUUAUCAAAUAGAGAUAUACUCUUCAGAGACUGGCCCAUGGAGACUCUCUAAAGGAUCUUUCAGUGUGCCACUUAGUUUGGAAUUUGACAAGGCGGUUUUCUGGAAUGGAGCAAUCAACUGGUACAGCUUUGGAGAAGCUUCCCUGUACUUCAACGUUGAUCAGGAAUGCUUGCAGACAAUGCCAAUGCCUCCACUACCCGAGAAGUGGGAUACAAAGAGAUGUAGGUACUUUGGGGAGUCCCAAGGCCAUCUGCACCUCAUUGAAAUGGAUGGAUAUAAUGCUCCUUGUACUACACAUUUUGAUGUGUUUGAGAUGGAGAGAGAUUACUCCCAAUGACUUGUCAAAUACAGAGUGGAACUUGAUGCAUUCACAAUCAUUUAUCCAAAUAUGGUCCUGGAGGGAGAAUCCUUCAUCUCUUAUGCAUUCUCUAUACUGUGUCUUGUUCGGGGAAGAGAAGAGGAGUCCUGCAUGGUGCUACGCAUAAUUGAUGAGGUCAUUUUGUAUAAUGUUCAGGACAAUACCUACAAGAAGCUUCAUGAUCUAUCACCCACGUUGGGGGACUUGUUGGCAUAUGAUGGAUCAGAUUCGUAUCCGUAUGUUGAGACCCUCUCUUGCGUUUGAUAUCCAUAAGUUAGUGUUUUACUGUGUUAUGAUCUAUCUUAUUUACAGUACUUAUUUUCCUUUUUUGUAAGUGAGUAAUGGAAAGAUAUCAAAAUUUCUCAUCUAUAGACACCGACCAGAUGACCACAUAAUUUGAGGGUCUCUUCCAAACUCUUCUUAGCUCCUAGAAGAUUCAAAAAGACUGAACAAGAAAACCUAGGCUCAAGGCAAACUAUAACGACAGUAGCCACAGUACAACCUAAACAGUUAACAGAAUAGCUCAGAGUAAACCAUGACUAAAUUAAUAUCUAGUUUGUGUGACAGAAAAAUAUUCAUGACAGUGAUUUUCCUAGAAAACAAAUUCAGCAUCAUAAUUACCAACUCUUUAAUGAGGUGUGUCCUAUAAGAAUAAACAAAUAUUCAGAAACAUGUUCCAACAUCUAGGCACCAGAAACCGAUUAUGGUUGAAGGUGACUCCAAGUUGGUUAUUGGUUGGCCAAAAGAACCAGAGAUGGCAGCCUGGCCCUACAGGGGGGCAUUGAGAAGAUUUAAGUGGCUAAUGUUAAAUAUUUCAGUCGCAGUUUAAUAGGAAAGAAGAUUGGCAAAUGGGCUGGCAGAUUUCCUAGCCAAACAAGUAAUACAUAGGAAUCAGCUCUUUUGGGCUCACUUGUAAGCUUUAUGAUGUAGUUUAGAGGCUGCACCUCGUGCCUCUUUGUGGGGAGUUGAAUGAUGUAUACUGUGAUUUAUUUUAAUUGAUACAAUUACCUUUAUCUAUCAAAAAAGAAACAUGCAUGUUAAUGUAUGGUGUGUCUUUCUCUCAGAAAAAGAAAAAAGGAUAACACAAGGACAAGAAAAGAAAAAGAAAUUGUUUUAGUUAAGAAAAAGAUGGCCUACAAUUUACAAAAAGAUCCUUAUGAUAACUUUGAAAAGAAAUGAAAUAAGAAUUUGAUGACUGGAAACUCAAAGACUUCCAGGAUGUGGAGAUUGUGGCAGUCUUCAGAACCAGCGCUAUACAG